AUGGCGAUGUUGACAUCUUCUAAACCUUCACUUGCGAGCACUAUCGAGGUAAUCGAAGAAGUUGAUCUAUCUAUCCCGCUCAGAGAACCUCUUUCACCAACAACAUACGACUCAGAAAAGGGCACCAAUGCUACAUCAGCAAUAUCCUCACUUAGUGCUUCCUCACCCCCUUCCAACUUGGUCCUAACAACCAUCUCGUCUUUCACCCUAACUCUCUCAACCUGGGGCUUUUACAACAGCACCGGCAUCCUCCUCUCUCACCUCUCCAUCCACAACCUCCCAGACACAUCCCUCCCCAUCCUCUCAUUAAUCCCCGCCCUUAAUAUUCUCCUCACCCUACUUCUUUUCCUCCCCCUCGGUCCCAUAUACGACACCUACGGCCCACUUCCCCUUCUAAUCCCCGGCUCACUCAUCUACAUCCUUUCCCUAGCCCUCCUAUCCUUCUGUUCCUCCCUACUUCAUUUCCUCCUCGUAUAUGGAGUUCUCAGUGCCCUAGGCAUGUCACCCCUCUGUACAGUUGCCAAUGCAAUGCUAAACACCUUCGAAGGAACGGGAUAUAGGGGUUUAGCGACAGUAUUCGAAUUUGUACUUGUAGGCACCACGGGGUUACUCCCUACAUAUGCAUUGAAACAGGGCUUUUCAACCUCUGUUUCUUUCAAUGUUGUCGCUAUUGUUAAUGCCGGAUCCAUCCUCGGACGUCUCCUCUCCGGUCCCCUCUCCGACCACCUCGGCCCCUACAACAUCGUUCUCCUCUGCCUAGUCUCCAUAUCUCUCCUAUCAAACUUCAUAUUCUUCCUCCCCACCUCUAUUCUUCCCAUCCCCUCAACCCCAACCCCAACCCCAACCCCAACCCCAAGCUCUCCCUCAACCCCACAAAUCCUCCUCUACCUCUACGCCACCCUCUCCGGUCUCGGUUCCGGCGCCAUCAUGAGCUGCGCCCCACUGUGCAUAUCCGCUCUAUGUCCCUCUAACGUAUAUGCACGUUGGUGGGGUGCUAGUCAGCUGGGUGUUGCUAUUGCGUGUACUGUGAAUUUUUUUCGAACCCAAAGGAAAAUGAAGGAAAUCACAUGUGAGGUUUCCAUAGCCGUAAAAAGUCAUUCAGCCUCAAAAUACGUUUAG